CGCAAUACUGCCUCGCCCAAAUCCUAAUCUCUCCCAACAAUGGCGGACCAUGCCGAAGAACAAGAAAUGGAAGUGGAGGCUUUGGAAGCCAUUUACGACACGCACUUCGAAAAGGUUGCAUCGUCAAAAUGGAGCCUUGAUAUCUAUCCUGAAAGCGGUGAUCCCAGCGAUCUAGAUGAGCUAAAUCACGUGGCGGUACGACUGUUGAUUGAUCUGCCGGCUGACUAUCCAGAGCUCUCAGUGCCGAGUCUUCAGGUUGAAAUUAUUAAAGGCCUUGCAGACGAGCAUAAAGACGAGCUUGAGGCGUUGGCAUUUGAGGCAGCGGCGUCGUUGGAAGGAACACCAUCCAUUUUUGCGGUCGCUGAAAUUUUACGCGAGUGGCUCGUCGAUAAUAACCAAAAAGGCCUGGAUGACGUCUCUAUGCAUGCUCAAAUGAUGCGCAAAAAGAAACAGGGCGAGAAAGCGGAGCAAAAAGCGCAGGAGACCUUUGAAGCCCAGGUGGCGUUGGAAGAGAUUACCCAGGCCGAGCAAGAGGAGUUAGAAGUACGGAAACGCCGAGAAGAAGGAACGCCUUGCAAUAUGGAAAAUUUCUUGGCUUGGAGAGCUAGGUUCGAAGCGGAGAUGGCCGCCGAGAAGGAGAACGAAGUAGAAGACACUGAUGCAAUCAAAAAGAGCAACAAGAAAAAAGAGGUCGACAAGACUGGUCGAAUUACGGGUCGUCAGCACUUUGCGGACCAGUCAACCAAUCUCGAAGCGCUCGAGGCGGCGGCGGAACAAGCCGAGCGCGACCCAGACGAGGACCUGGACGAUGUUGACGAAGAGUUGUUCGACGACGAUGUUGAUUUAGAUGAUCUGGACUUUAAUUCGGAAGAUGAAGAAGACGGGGAAGUUGAUAUCUAAAUCUCACAACGCCGGUGAUCUCGGCAGCGCCUUCGUGUAAAAUUCCGAAAGACGAAAUUAAGGCUCGAGAAUAAGACAACCCUAUGCACGAAGGAAUCAGACGAAAUGAACAACGUUUUUCUAGAGCAUAAAAUUUUUGUAUUGUUGCUUUUAACAGCA